AUGUAUGUCUCACGCCUGCUUGCAAAGCUACUCGUACAAGGGAGCGACGCUAUUGCGGCUCUAGGCAUCAUUUUAGCUGGUUGGCUGAGCUGCGGCUGCGAGACAUGCGUCUCAGUGCUAUGUAUCUACCUACUGAGUAGACAGCAGCUGCGUACAGGAAAACGUCAAUGGGAAAAUACCGCGCUGCGAAGGACCGACUCCAGUCCCAGAAUUUUGAGACUGCGGAACCAGGGACCAGCCACCGGCCGUGUCUGCUUCCGUCUCCAAACCCUCUCGGACUUCAUCCGUGCCAGCGCGGAGCACCGCCUUGGCAGUUUUUCAUACACCGAUCCCCCGCCUAGCGCAGGUGGCAGUACAUGCUGCCCUGUAUGUACAAAUCAAAAAGUACGCGCAUGGGGUGUGAUUGUGUCAGUGCUACAUCAGGCAAGACAGCGCCUGGGAGCCCCAAAUCCAAUCUGUUGGGAAAUCCGCUUCGAGGGUGCGCGCCGGGCCAGCGGUCCAUACACUGGAGACUGGCCGGACGGCACACCACAUCCGAAGUGGCCAAUUUCUGUGACAACGGCUGACGACAGCGCCGAGCCCCAGAGACGCAAGAAGAGAGGAAAAGAGACGAAUGCGAGCUUACCAGCAGCAACACUGCCGCCUGGUCUCGAAACUGGAGAGACGCGAUCAGCCGGUAUGAUAUAUUGUAAUCAAUGGCUGGCUGAUGGCAGAGCCGCCAAGCGCCAAGAUCGAAUGCCAAGAGCCAAGAACCGAACAGCUCAGAAAUAUCGGCUAGGAGAAACAAACCUAAAAAUCUGGUGA